CUGCUGCAGUCCGGAUUCUACGCAGCACAUUGCAUUAAUAUCUUUGAACAUAUAACAGCCAUGCACCGUGCCGGGACCAUGCUGAACCGCACGGUGCUGAGAGGCCGAGUGCCUUUCAGCGGGGCUCGCCUAUCCGCUCAGUCUAGGAUGCACAUAGUUCAUGUAACUCCUGAAGGAUCCACAGCGGGAACACCCUCCAAACCCAACAUUGCCGACCUUGCAAAGAUGGCCCAAAUUAGCAUUUCGGAGCAAGAGGCGGCUGAAUGGGCACCAAAGAUCAACAGUGUCCUCGACUGGUUUGGGCAGCUGCAAUCCGUGGACGUUAAGGGUGUGCCACCUGCCAUCCACGCGUUCUCUGAAGGAAACCGCCUGCGACCAGACGAGCCCCAGCAUUACGCUGCCAGGGCACAGCUCCUGGCGCAGGCCCCGCAGACCGAGAACACCUACGUGCGCGUUCCCAAGACGGCCAGCGGAGACGGAGAGACGGCCGCCGCAGCACCCAGCAGCAAGGCACCAACUCCCAGCGGCAGCGCUGCACCCGCGGCCGAACCAUCCACAGCCGCUGCAACGGCGGUCGCACCCGCGGCAGCAGCAAGCACUGCGGCUACAGGGUCAGCAGCCGCAGCCAGCGGCAAAGCCCCUUCAGCGUCCUCGUCAGGAGGAGCGCCAACCUCAACACCGGCAGUGACCCCAGCAGCAGCGGCGGGUGUUCCUCGUGAGGCGGUGCAUGCGCUGGACAUCCGCGUGGGUCGCAUCGUGAGCUGCGAGCGGCACCCUGACGCGGAGAGCUUGUACGUGGAGAAGAUCGAUGUGGGCGAGGCGGAGCCGCGCACCAUUGUGUCGGGCCUCGUCAAGUUCGUUCCGCUGGAGGACAUGCAGAACCGCAUGGUGGUGGUCAUCUGCAACCUCAAGCCACGCAACAUGCGCGGCGUCAAGUCGUUCGGCAUGCUGCUGGCGGCCUCCGACGAGCCGCACGUGACGGUGGAGCCGCUGGUGCCGCCGGCAGGGGCGCGGGCGGGGGAGCGCGUGUGGUUCGGAGAGGAUGCACAGCAGCCCGCUGCCGCCGAAGCCAAAGUGGUUGACAAGAAGAAGUACUGGGAGGCGGUGCAGCCGCUGCUGCGAACCAACGCCGCAUGCGUGGCGACGCUGGCGCUGGGGGGUGCGGGUUCGGAGCCGCUGCCCAUGAACACGAGCGCGGGGGCCAUCCGGGCGCCUAGCU